AUAAUGGAUAUUGGAAAGCAAAGCAGUGAGGUAUCAAAGGUUAUAUCUGAAACAAUGGAGAAGCACCAAGUGAGCUCUUCAGUGGAAGGGAAAGGGAAGAGAUUGUGGAAGAAAGUGAAGUACCAGCUAGUAGAAUAUCAUUCUUUGCCUGGUUAUUUAAGGGACAAUGAAUACAUCGUGGGCCAUUAUCGAUCUGAAUGGCCUAUGAAGCAGGUUCUGCUAAGCAUCUUCAGCAUCCACAAUGAGACUUUAAAUGUUUGGACGCAUUUGAUUGGGUUCUUCCUUUUCCUUUCCCUGACCAUAUACACUGCCAUGAAGGUUCCAAAGGUUGUUGAUCUUCACUCUCUACAACUUCCAGAUGUGUUGAAAGCUGAUUUGCACAAAUUGCAUGAAUGCCUUCCUUCUUUACCCACCAUGCCUAAUAUUCACAAACUUAGGGAGGAAAUAAAGACUACAUUGCCCUCAAUGGAUUUGCUCCCAUCUCUCUCAGGAUGGCACAUUAUGGAACUUCUAUACAAUUGCUUGCCUGAGAGAUUCUUCAGUGGCAACCACACAGAUGUCUGUGUUCUGCUUAGCGUGAAGGAGGAUGUGGCAAACAUGAUAGCCCCCCUGAUGGUGAGGCCAAUCACACGAUGGCCAUUUUUUGCUUUCCUCGGCGGGGCCAUGUUUUGCUUGCUAGCUAGCAGCACAUGCCACCUUCUCUCCUGCCAUUCUGAACGCUUGUCAUACAUUAUGCUUAGACUUGACUAUGCUGGAAUUGCAGCCCUUAUAUGUACCUCCUUUUACCCUCCUGUUUAUUACUCCUUCAUGUGUAACCCUUUCUUCUGCAAUCUCUAUUUGGGAUUCAUAACCAUAUUGGGAAUUGCCACAAUCUUGGUUUCUCUCCUGCCAAUGUUUCAAACGCCAGAGUUUCGCACCAUACGAGCAGCUCUCUUCUCUGGCAUGGGCUUGUCUGGAAUAGCACCAAUCCUGCACAAGCUUAUCUUGUUCUGGAACCAGCCUGAGGCACUCCAUACAACAGGCUAUGAAGUUUUGAUGGGUGUUCUGUAUGGAAUUGGAGCGUUGGUUUAUGCUACAAGGAUUCCAGAACGAUGGAUGCCUGGAAAAUUUGACAUUGCAGGGCACAGCCACCAACUUUUCCAUAUAUUUGUAGUGGCUGGGGCUUACACUCAUUAUCAUGCGGGGCUGGUUUACCUCAAGUGGAGAGACCUGGAAGGCUGCUAGAGAGAAUAUACUCUGAAUCUUAAAAUAAUUUAGUGAAUGAAAUCCUAGGCAAUUGCACUGUAUAAAUAAAUAGGUCAAGCAAAUCUAGAAUCUAGAUGUAAGAACGCUGUGGGAAAGCAGUAUGCCAUUUCCUCAAUUCUUUGUAUGAGUACGAUUGCACUGAUAAAUUUGGAGCAACACAGUAUGAUUCCAUAGCAUGGAAAAGGGCUGUAUUCAUUUUCAGAUUGUCUUUUCAUGUCUAUGGUGAUAACUUUUUGUUUGGUUGUGCUA